AUGCGUGCUGGCGCCCGCAUCCGGCAGGCCGAUCUUGAUCAUCUGCGGGAGCUGGCUGAGGGUUUCUCUGGCAGGCAAGGCUACGUGUCGCCCAUUGCUGAGGAUGGCUUCCGUCAUGUUGGAAAGGCCCAGUUCCUCGCCGCGCUGGAUCACUAUGAGGCGGGCACCCCGCGUGACUUUGGCGAGCCCAGCUGCUUCCAGUGCGGAAAGAUCAAGGCGGACAUCGGACAAGCGCCCAAGAAAUGCGGCAAGUGUGGCAGAGCCUGGUUCUGCAACGUCGAGUGCCAGAAGGCCGCUUGGAAAACCCACAAGCCCGUCUGCAAGACCCUUGAGCAGUGUCGAUUUGUCAAUGUUUAA